AUGGCGAUGAAUAUUCCGGGCCUGAAUUUGACGGGCCUGCUGCCGGAUGAGAGGUGGAUAGCGGAGAUGACGUUCAACGCACCUGACGAAUGUAAGAUCGAGCGUGGGCAGCACCGAGCAGAUGUCAUUUUCGUGCUGACGUGCGCCGCGCGCAUCGUGCAGAUGCAAAGCGGCUUCGCAAUGCUCGAGUCAGCAUAUCAGCAGCCAAACAAUGCUGCGAACAUCAUGAUGAAGAACAUGCUCGAUCUGUGCAUCGGCGUGCUGGCCUUCUUCCUAUUCGGAUACUACAUCGCUUACCACGACACGCAUACCUUGACGGGCCUGGGCGAUGCGGGUACCGACCUGGCGCACUUUUUUUGCACGUUUUCCUAUGCUACCACCGCCGCGACCAUCAACAGUGGUGCUCUCGCAGGGCGCGUGGCCUUCUUCCCCUACCUCGUCUUGUCGACGGUGAUGACGGGGCUCCUCUAUCCGAUCUGUGCAUACCUCGCCUGGGGCAACGGCUGGUUACAAGAGCUCGGCUUCGUUGACUUCGCGGGCUCGGUGGUGGUUCACCAGGUCGGUGCAAUCUCUGCCCUGGUUUCCACCUGCUUCCUGGGCCCGCGUAUCGGCCGCUUCCCCUCUUAUAGGGCCUGGAAGCGGCCUUGGAGUUUCUUAUGGAUCGAGAACCACGACGACGCCUACUACAGGGAGCCCGAGGAAGCAGUGGAGAAGAAGGUUUUCAUCCCAUUCCGGAAAUGCCGACACCCCGUGCAGCUUCUGUUUGGUACGUUCCUCCUUCUGGUCGGAUUUCUGGCCUUCAACCCGGCUUCAACGUUCAAGACCACGCUGGGGGCGGACCUUGUCGUUGCACAUGCCUCGGCUACGACGCUGCUUGCUGCCGCCGGGGGCGGGGUUGGAGGCAUGGUCUUCUCCAUGCUCUACACUCGCUCGACAGUGGUUCGCGUGCCGGAGCUCACAAAUGCUGUCAUCGCAGGCCUUGUCGCCAGUUGCGCCCCAGCCGCGGUGAUGCCGCUUAGCGUGUCGCCGCUCGUAGGUUUUGUUGCCGCCAUUCUGUCACUCAUCAUGGAGGAGGUUUUGGCACAUUUUCAGAUCGACGAUGCCGUCGGUGCUGUUGCGGCUCAUGGUCCAAGUGGAGCUUGGGGAGCCAUAGCUGUUGCACUCUUUGCCCAAAAGAGCUGCGUGAAUCCGGACGUCGUCGGGAUCUUUUUCGGCGGCGGAGAUGCCGGGUGGACGUUGUUGGGAAAUCAACUCAUCGGCUUGUUUCUUCUCUCGGGGAUCUCCAUAGGAAUCACCUACAUCUCCGUGCUGCUCAUCGAGAUCGUGGCCGGCUUCCGGUGCACUCGCGCAUGCGAACUGAUCGGACUCGACCUGUGGGAACACCAGUUUGACGAUGGCAGCGUUAGCACCAACAAGCACAAGGCGAUGCUUCUUGAUCGAGCUACCUCCAGUGUAAACAUUGGCGCGCCGAAAGGCUUCUGGGAGAACUUUGUGGAGGCGAUGAAUGGGCAUUCGGCCCGCCGUGCUAGCUUGACACCGGAAUCGAGCCCGGUCAAGUCCUAUGACAUGAGGGGCCCGCCUGAAGAGAAAUCGCUGCAGGAUGAAGUCAAGGAGCUGAAAAAGACGGUUGACUUGCUUCAAGCCCAGCUUGCGCUUCUGGCUCUCGCCAAGGAGCGUGAGGACGAUGAAGUUGCACGGGGCAGGCAAGACAUCUUUGGAGUGCGCCAAUCUAGCGCCUCUGCAGAGGGCAUCCGAGAAACGUCCCUCUAG